GCUGAGUCUCUGCUUUGCAAUCGUCCGGAUGGAGUAUACCUUCUACGCGACAGUGCUCAACCAGGACAUGCUUUUUCAGUCAGCUUUCGCCGAUUCGAGCGCACCUUACAUGCGCGGAUAGAACUUGUCUUUGCUGCUUGUCAAUAUCGCUUCACAUUCGAUGCCCCUGCCACUGGAGCCUUGCUGAUGCAGUCUCUUACAGAUUCGUCAUCACUACCAUCACGAGAGCCCUCUUGCACUGCUCUUCCGGGUGAUGUAGAACAUUCCUUCAGAUUAUCAGCCAAUCCUUCUGCUUCCCCUCAGUCUAACUUAUCGGGCUUGGCGGUCGCAGGAAGUGUCACCGAAAAUCCCUUGGUUCGUCAGUCUCAUAGUGUUAAUGCUCUGGUUGCCGCAUACCGAGAUCCGGCUAAAUGCAUGUUUUACGAGCCACUUUGUAUGCAGCCUCUUUUUCGUCAGUUUGUCUUUUCUCUGCAGGCUAUCUGUCGGGCACAUCUGUGUUCUUUUUUCACAGAUGCUCCUAUACCCCCGUUGCAGAGGCCUCGAGCUACAGAACCAAUUUGUCCAGAUGCUUCUAUUACAGGGCCCAGGUCUCCAUUCAUCCGCUUGGACUGCCGGUCUCACCCUGGAUUAAUUGCUUCACACGAUAGGACAAUUCAAGCUCUACAAGCCAUCGAAAAACUGCCUUUGCCAUUUCGCCUCAUACACUAUCUGACUCAGUACUCAACCUCAGCCGAUGGCCAUGUUGGACCGGCCGAGAUGACACCGAAUGCCUCAGCAUUAGAAGAGGGUUCACAGGCUGCUUCUACUUUGGCCACCUCUCAACUUCCGGAAUAG